UUCAUCACGACAUACAUACCCCAGCCAGACAAGAGGAACAUCCCGAUAUUUUCCAGAGACUGGCAAGAUGGGACAACUUAUCUCUUGAUUUUCAUGCAAGCUCAGUGUUGGCUAAACCCAUGAAAAGAUAUAAGUGGAGGAACAUGUCUCCUUAUACCAGAACAUGCAAUAGAGAGGAAAACAGCACAAUAUGGUGGAAGAAGCCUGCUGAGUGCUAUUUGGACGGGUUGAUAAACCACACUACGUAUCAGAAGAGCGGGAACCAUAUUCUGUUCACUGUGAGGACCACAGCCUCCCUUCACCAUCAGAGGCUGCCUCUCAUAUUCCAGACCUGGCUGUCCACUGCCAACAGGAGCAAUGUGGUUCUGGUCACUGAUGGCCAGGACAGAGUACUGAAACACCGAGCCAAAGAAGCAGGUAUUAGGGUUUUGACAUCUAUUCCUGGAUAUGAAAGGUAA